AUGGAAAACUACGGUAUCAAAACAGAAGGCGAAAUUUUCUCGUCAUGCAUAAGUGAGAUGCGAAAUCGAAUAUCAGAUCAUGACCAAGACGAUAUGUCCUUUUACAACACAAAUGAAGUGAUCGAAAAGAAAGUAACUAAUUUGUUCAAGAAUUUCCGGGCGGAGUUCUUCCAAGAGUUUGGCGGUUGGGAAACCUGCACAGGAAAGAUGGAUAAGAAGUACGCCGUUGAAGGGAACAUUCUUCAUCGCACCGCGCGAAAUCCGCACCUGGAAAUGCGGCAAAAGGCUAUUGCAUAUUACAGAGUAUGCUACGAAACAGCCCGACAAACGCGAGAAAGGAUUUUGUCGUUCGCGUGGUUGCCGUAUGAUGUUUUGGCUGUUGUCAGACAAGAAAACGUCAUGAAGGAACGUGAUUGCAUCACAGCUGCCAUUCCACUAUAUGACGUUAGUCUUUGA